GUUGACUUUGACUAUAAAUGUCGCGGCCCGAGCCCUCUGCUUCCUCACGUUCUUUCUGGCGCAGGAGUUUGUGCUGCUCUUCUUCUCUUUGUCUCCUAAUCUUUAUCGACGAUCCGAUCCGUGAGCCAAUGGCGACGAAGAUUUAUAUCGUAUACUAUUCUAUGUACGGACAUGUAGCAAAGCUAGCUGAAGAAAUCCAAAAAGGUGUUAAUUCUGUCGAAGGAGUCGAAGUAAAGCUUUGGCAGGUUCCUGAGACUCUUUCUGAAGAAGUUAUCGGAAAGAUGGGAGCACCUCCUAAGAGUGAUGUGCCGAUUAUCCAACCAAACGAUCUUGCCGAGGCAGACGGAAUUCUGCUUGGCUUCCCGACUAGGUUCGGGAUGAUGGCUGCUCAGUUCAAAGCUUUCAUCGACGCCACAGGAGGACUCUGGAGAUCUCAGGCUCUAGCCGGCAAGCCAGCAGGAAUUUUCUAUAGCACUGGAUCACAAGGCGGUGGACAAGAGACUACUCCAUUGACGGCCAUAACUCAGUUGGCUCAUCAUGGGAUGAUCUUCGUCCCAAUUGGGUACACUUUCGGCGCUGGCAUGUUUGAGAUGGCCGACGUGAAGGGUGGCAGCCCUUACGGCGCUGGCACAUAUGCUGGAGACGGCUCGAGGAACCCGUCCCAGCUUGAGCUGGAACAGGCUUUCCACCAAGGCAAGUACUUCGCCACCAUUGCCAAGAAGCUCAAAGCUUCCUCCUGAACAAACCCCCUUUUUUUUUUUUUAAUAUUUCCCCAUUGAUGAAAUGGUGUUGGCUUCACGAAUAAAGCAUCUUAGGUUUUGUUAUUAUUGCUGAUAGAACAUUUAUGCAGUGUAUUGCUUUACUUUGUUAUUUGAUAUGGAUUCCGGUGGUUAUUUCUGUUA